AUGGAGGCGUCGCAAGACGUCGUGCCUUCGGUCGAGGCACCACCUGUCCCGCAGGAUGACGCCACCAACAAACCGGCUCUGACGCCGCCCACGAGCGAAGACAAUGACAAGCGUUUUGAGGAUAUGUCGUCGGAACUUUCAGACAUUGAUAGCGACGACGGCGAAGACAUCGAGCCCGAUCACUACUUUGAAGGGGGAAAGAUACCCGUGUUCAAGCCGACAAUGGACCAGUUUCGUAACUUUAAGCGCUUCAUCGAUAAGGUUGACAAAUACGGCAUGAAGUCCGGCAUAAUCAAGGUCAUUCCGCCGACAGAAUGGCGCGAAUCCCUCCCUGACCUUACCGAAGCUGUCAAGAGCAUCAAAGUCAAGAAUCCAAUUACGCAAGAGUUCAACGGGCAGCAUGGCAUAUAUACACAAGCGAACAUUGAGAAACAACGAUCAUACAACCUACCGGAGUGGAGGGCAGUGACGGAUGAGCCGCAUCAUCAGCCGCCGGCCAAGCGAGGUGAGCGACGGAAAGCUGCCCCAGAGGUUCCCUCUCGAACACGCUCCACGAGAGCUCAAGUCGCACCUUCAAGGAACGACGAUGCCUCACCAACACCCAGGCGUGGACCUGGUCGCCCCACCCGGAGGCGUCAGGUGAAGAAAGAGCCGGUUGAUGAUGACGACGACGAAAAGCCCAUGGAUGUUCCUCCUACACCGACGUCGCCUGGAAAAGAGGAGAAGAGGUCUUCAAGAAGAGUCAAGAAGGAACCCCAGGCCGCGACACCCACCAGAGCACGUGGUCGACAGCCCAAGGCGGCUGACGAGAAGAAGUCUGUUUCGUCUCGACGACUGAACAACAGGGGUGCCAUUGCCGACCAUGUUGACGAGGCUGCUUUUGAAAACUUUGACUACCGCCUGCCCGGUCUCGAGGAGUACACCGUUGAACGUUGCAAGGAGCUCGAGGAUAACUACUGGAAGACUAUCAACUACGGACAACCAAUGUACGGCGCAGACAUGCCAGGUUCUCUUUUCGAUGAUAGCACAACGUCCUGGAAUGUAGCAAAACUACCUAACCUUCUCGACGUGCUUGGAACCAAAGUCCCUGGUGUCAAUACCGCCUACCUGUAUCUAGGCAUGUGGAAAGCGACAUUUGCCUGGCAUUUGGAGGAUGUGGAUCUCUACAGUAUCAACUAUAUUCACUUUGGUGCCCCCAAGCAGUGGUACAGCAUAUCCCAAGAGGACGCCCGUCGCUUUGAAGCUGCAAUGCAGACUAUAUGGCCGAAUGAUGCGAAGCAUUGCUCGCAGUUCCUUCGUCACAAGACUUAUUUGAUCUCUCCACAGCGCCUAGAGCGAGACUUCAAUAUCAAGGUCAACCGACUGGUUCAUUACGAAGGCGAAUUCGUCAUCACUUACCCCUAUGGCUACCAUUCCGGCUACAACAUUGGCUACAAUUGCGCAGAGUCAGUCAACUUUGCAAACGAGUCGUGGCUGAGCUACGGUAGGAUUGCAAAGAAAUGCAUGUGCGAGUCUGACAGUGUUUGGGUUGAUGUCAAUGAGAUUGAGCGCAAGCUGAGAGGUGAACCAACGCCAGAGUACUAUGAAGAGACGGAUGAUGAAGAGGAUGAGGAUGAUGGCGCUGAUCGUCUGCCCAGUCCUCCUGUUAGCGUUGCUGGAAAGACCAAAGCCAAAGCUAGCCGCAAAUCUACUGGCAACAAACGGAAGCGAGGGAAGGAGGAUUCCAAGGAUUCGUCACGAUCGAAGAAGCUCAAACGCAUCCGCAUUCGCAUCCGGAUCCCUGGUCGUGGCAUGCCUUGUAUCCUCUGUCCCAACGAUGUCGAGUAUGAUGAUCUGCUGCAAACCGAUAAUGGUAUGAAGGCCCAUCGCAUCUGUGCUGAUUACACGCCUGAAACGUACAUUGUCAAAAAGAACGACGUUGAAAUAGUGUGCAAUGUGACCAACAUUGGCAAGGAUCGUCUCGAACUCAAGUGCAACUACUGUCGGUCGAAGCGCGGUGCUGUCUUCCAGUGCUCCCAGAAAAAGUGCACCAGGGCUUUCCACGCCACCUGUGCUGUAGCAGCUGGAGUACAGGUAGACCUUGGACCGAUGCCUACAUUUGACGAAGAGGGUACAGAGUACUUUUACGAUGGCUACGACUUCCGAUGCCGCUUCCAUCGACCGAAAAAGAGGAACAACAAGACGGUCGACGUUGAAGCACUUGAGAAGGACAAAUAUGUCAUGUCAUACGGCAAGACCCUCAAACCCAAGGACGUUAUCCAGUUCCAGUAUGUGGGUGGUGAGAUGUACCAAAUCUACGGUGCACAGGUCGUAGAGAACAGGCCUGGUGAGCAGGCUGUUUUGGUAGACGUGCUGCCUGACGGUGAUCGUGUCGAGGUUGAAUGGAAGUAUAUCUUGAAGCUUCAUCCAGAUGAAUCUCAGAGGUUGAAGCCAUCUGCGAACGCUAAGCCACUACCAGAGCAUCUAAAGGAAAGCGAUGCGUCUCUCGACAUCACCAAUCGUACAGAUGGUGUACCUGAGAUGGGUGAUCCUUUCCAUGACCCUAACUCUGAACAGAAAUGGGCUGAAUGGUACACUGCUCCUGAGGUUACGCAGAAGUUGGCCAAGGUCGACCUUAGCAAAGAAGACCAGUUGUGGUACUAUCUUGGAAAGUUGUCAACUGAGGCCAGGCCACAGUACACUGAGAACCCUGCAAAGCCGAGGAACAACCCAAAGAGCAACUUCCUCGAUACUGUCAAACCUCCACCUCCUCCAGUACCAGCAUUCCAUCGUGCUUCUUACCCGGCUUCCUAUCCGCUCAAACCAGCACCUAUUGCUGUACCUCCUGUGCAGCAAUAUAUGCCGAAUGGGCGGCCGUACAGUUACAAGCCAAAAGACCCAGUCGUGGCGCCUUUCAGAUCACCAGUAUAUAAUCCGGACACUCGCAAGAACCCUAAUUCGCCCGUUGCACAUCAACCAAACGUGAGUUAUGAUCAUCGCAUGCCACACGGGCAGUACGGCCAACAGUCAAACCAGGGCUAUCUCUCGCAUCGACCGCUGCAUGCCUCUCAGCAACAACUGCAGUAUCACCCAUAUGUUCCUCCACAAAGCUACUCAACUGCUUCAUGGAAGGCACAACCAGCAACAUCUGGGCCAGUGCUCAGCGGCGUUGAAAAGUAUGCGCAAGCGCCGCCACAUGCUAAUGUCUUGCCACCAUACCCAUAUGCUCAGAACAUUCGUCAAUCGUCGUACUCACAUGGUCAAGUACCAAGUGCAGCGCGGGCUUAUGGUCCACCUGGCCGUCAGGCUCAAGGGCCAUCGAAUGGUCGCUCACCGAUCUCAAGCAUGCCGAGCAACCCUUCUGGGCCUCACAAACCUCCAAUGUACGCCGUCACACCCUCCUCUAACAUCAUUUACGCUGCUCAAUCCCCCACUGAAUACUUGUCCUAUGUUAUGAAUUACCCCUACCUCAGAAAUUGUUAUCUACGGAGGACAAAAACUUACAUAUCACCCUAUAGUCUGGAUCAUGGGAUCGCCCCUGAGUGGAUGCCAAAGCCUCCGAUGUCAAGGGCGAGUGGUACGCCUACUACAAUUGCACCGAAACCCGCAGCAUCAACUGGGUCUACACCUCCCCAGGGGUACUACGGACCACCGCCUACAGGUUCAUCUGUACCAAAGCCAUCAGCACAGUUUCAAUCGUCUGAUGCUUUCCAGCGCGAAAUGGCGCGGACAACGCAGACGACAGAAGCGCCAAAGUGGGAACAAAUGCUUAAACAGCUGGCUACAGCAACGGGCUCAUUAAGCGAGCCCUCGGUGACUGCGCCUUCACCACAAGAGCCACAGUCGCGCUAUCCACCUUCAGGUCCACGCUCGAGCCUUUCUCAAGAUUUACCUGCGAGCAAAGAAGAAUCUGAAAGUAAAAAGUUGUCUCCGACACAACAAGAGCCGCUGCGACCGACGCCCAGCCCCAUCAGCGAUGAUGGGAAGGCUGAUGGCAAGGCUGAUAAUGCAGCUUCACCAGAUCAAGAGAAGCCUGCGCCGGAGCCAUCGCAGCCCGACUCAAAGGUCCAUGGCGCAGAAACAUGGCACUAUUCGUCGUGA